UAUUCUCAGUCAUCAAUGUCUUCCCUGCAACAAUCCUCUAUUUGUGAUGAAAAAUAUAUGCCUGAAGAGCUUCUAAUAGCUCGAAUCAUACAGAUCCAUGGCAGUAUUAGUAAGUUAGAAUCGUUGCGGCCAUCGAAGCUGGUUAAUACUCUCUUCACUCAGCUAGUGAAGUUGUGUACAAUCCCAUCUUCAAUUGACAUCAACAACUUACAAGAAGAAGUGCAACAAAUGAGACUAAGUCUCAUAAAUCUCUGUGGACUUGCAGAAGGUCUCCUAGAGCUCGAAUUCGCCACUAUUCUUGCCAAAUUACCACAACCUCUACAACAUCUUAAUCUCUUCCCUUACUAUGAAAACUAUGUAAAACUAGCUAGUCUAGAGUACAACAUCUUAUUAGAGAAUGGAGUGAUGGAACCCAAGAAGGUAGCCUUUGUUGGGUCAGGUCCAAUGCCUCUAACUUCAAUUGUAAUGGCUACCCAUCACCUGCAAUUCACUCAGUUCAACAACAUCGACAUCGAUGAAUCCGCGAAUGAUGUGGCUCGACGGAUUGUUUCUUCGGAUGUGGAGCUAGAGAAGAGGAUGAAAUUUGAGACUUGUGAUAUAAUGGAGGUGAAGGAGAAGCUAGGGGAAUAUGAUUGUAUCUUCUUAGCAGCUCUUGUAGGGAUGAACAAGGAAGAGAAGGUAAAGAUUCUUGAGCAUAUGAGAAGGUUUAUGAAGGGUGGAGGGUCUUUGCUAGUGAGGAGUGCAAAUGGGGCAAGAGGGUUCUUAUAUCCAGUAGUUGAUGAGAAUGAUUUGCUUGGUUUUGAGGUCCUCUCCAUCUUUCACCCCACUAAUGAUGUGAUCAAUUCAGUUGUACUUGCUCGUAAACCUAUCUUCUAAACAGGGAAGAGGUUGUGUUGUCA